AACUCACAGAGAUCCCGCCUGGUUCUGCCUCCUGAGUACUGGGAUUAAAGGUGUGAGCUACCACUGCCCGACCAAUAGCCAGUGACUCCACGUCUGGAAUAUGGCUAUGGAUUGGCUAGGCAGUAUUGUGUCAAUCAACUGUGGCGAGAGCUUGGGUGUCUAUCAGGGAAGAGUGUCAGCAGUGGAUCAGGUCAGCCAGACCAUUUCUCUUACUCGGCCCUUCCGCAAUGGAGUGAAGUGUCUUGUACCAGAAGUCACCUUUCGGGCAGGUGAUAUUAUAGAAUUGAAAAUUCUGGAGAUACCAGGUCCUGGAGACAAGCAGCAGUUCGGAGACCUUCAUCAGACAGAAUUGGGCCCUUCUGGUGUUGGGUACCAAGUGGGUAUCAAUCAGAAUGGUACAGGCAAGGUGGUCAAGAAGCCAACCUCUUCCAGCAGUACCCCUCAGAACAUCCCUGAGAGGACAGAUGUGAAGAGGCAGGAUGUUGCCGUUUCUCCGCAGCAGCAGCAGUGCUCGAAGAGUUACGUGGACAGGCACAUGGAGUCCUUGAGUCAGUCCAAAAGCUUCCGUUAUCGGCACAACUCUUGGUCAUCUAGUAACAGGCACCCAAACCAGGCAACCCCAAAGAAAAGUGGUUUAAAGAAUGGCCAAAUGAAGAAUAAAGAUGAUGAGUGCUUUGGAGAUGACAUUGAGGAGAUCCCAGACACAGAUUUUGACUUUGAGGGGAACCUGGCCCUUUUUGACAAGGCAGCUGUGUUUGAGGAGAUUGACACCUAUGAAAGGAGAAGCGGCACCCGUUCCCGGGGUGUCCCAAGUGAACGGCCUGCUAGGUACCGCCACGACGAAAACAUCCUGGAAUCAGAGCCUAUUGUCUACCGUAGGAUCACGGUGCCACACAGUGUGAACAAGGAAUUCUGCACUGACUCUGGCCUGGUGGUUCCAAGUGUUUCAUAUGAGCUACAUAAAAAGCUGUUAUCUGUGGCUGAGAAGCAUGGGCUGACCUUAGAGCGGAGGCUUGAGAUGACGGGGGUGUGUGCCAGUCAGAUGGCCCUGACUCUCCUCGGAGGACCCAACAGGUUGAAUCCUAAGAAUGUCCACCAGAGGCCUACAGUAGCCCUGCUGUGUGGGCCCCAUGUGAAGGGAGCUCAAGGUAUCAGUUGUGGGAGGCACCUAGCCAACCAUGAUGUGCAAGUCAUCCUCUUCCUGCCCAACUUUGUCAAGAUGCUGGAAUCUAUCACCAAUGAACUGUCUCUCUUCAGCAAGACCCAAGGUCAACAAGUGUCUAGCCUAAAAGAUCUCCCUACUAGCCCUGUGGACCUGGUUAUCAACUGCCUGGAUUGCCCUGAGAAUGCCUUCCUGCGGGAUCAGCCCUGGUACAAGGCAGCUGUGGCCUGGGCCAACCAGAACCGGGCACCAGUGCUCAGUAUAGACCCUCCUGUGCAUGAAGUUGAACAAGGCAUCGAUGCCAAAUGGUCCCUGGCACUGGGCCUGCCUCUGCCACUGGGGGAGCACGCGGGCCGAGUCUAUUUGUGUGACAUUGGCAUUCCCCAGCAGGUCUUCCAGGAGGUCGGCAUCAACUACCACUCACCCUUUGGCUGCAAGUUUGUCAUUGCCCUGCACUCUGCCUAGAGGGGCUCUGGGCAGCUGGGCCCUGGGUUCCCCUGCACUCCUGCCGCCAAACCCAGCAACGGACGCCUUAAGGAUGUGAAGCUUUGUGGACCUUGUAGAUUAUCUUUUGGGUUUGUUUCUUCUGUGAGAGAACAGAACAUACUUAAAAUUAAAAUUUGCCUGCCACCUUCCCUUAAUCAGGG